CCGUGGAUAAUCCCUACCCUGCUCUGUCUGAUCUUACCCUACACGGAACGCAAGGCGUGGGACAAGUACCGGAGGCGGCAGACAAUAUAAGCUGACGUGCUGAGCAUUAUCGGCGCUCCGCGAAAAUUGUCAGUAUACCAAAAGCGCUCGUUGGCCGCGGACGGUUCAGGCGGACUGUAGUCCAUGGAAGACCUGCAACUGUUUUGAUUUCGAAUAGAACCGGGUCAAUUAACAAUCUGUUCUUUGGAUUUCUCCUCCUUUAUGAUACCAUCAUUUGUCAUUUUUAUUGAAAAGGAAGUUAAUGGACUACCAGCAGCCCCGUUCUUGUUGAUAAAACGCAGAAGGUUUUCUUUGCAGACGACUUUUAAUCCCGGCAUUUAAUAAGAAUAUUUCGACUGCAAGAGAUAUCGCGGUUAUAGGAAACAACCACCACUGGAAAUUUAUUGUGUGCACCAUUUGGCCGAAUCUCGGAGGGGUUUCCCAGGGGAGCACUCGCGGUGUCAAUCAAGAAAAUGAGGCGCGAAAUUUCGCAGGAUUUCGGCUCACGUUUCGUUCGACUCGACCGCACUGGAGCCUAGGGUCUCCGAGCAGUCUAUUCAUCAACGUUCACCCCGGGAGUUGCGGCUAGAACAGACUAGAGGCCUAUGUUGGAUUUUGCGAUUAAUUCACUCCGAAUCCAUACGGAUUACAUAAAAAUAGAAAGUAGGAAAUCCAUUGGAACUUGUUUUCUUAAUUUGAAAACUACUGUACUCUUUUCCCCUCUAAGCUGAGUAGACUCAUCAAACUGGACGUCUUAUGAACGUGUUCAUUCAUUGAAUUGCAUUUUUGCUGCAAAAACGAAAAGCUAAUGCCGCAACGACACUCACAAGGAAGUAAUAUGAUUUGAAUAUGGUAAUCUGAAGAUAAAUUUGCCAAUUUUAUUGCGUGAACGUUCUUGAAAAUGGCGGAUCUACGGUUUGCCGGUAUGGCCAUGUACGCCGUUAUUUUCUACACUCUACUACAGCUCAGUGUCGCCCCUAAUGGAGAGAACCAAAUGUCGCCCCAAUCUGAAGAUCUAUCGAUGGAAGACUUUCAAAUGGAUGCAGAUAAAUUGAUCCCGAAAUCGAAUCCAAGGCGAUUAAGAGCAACGGAAGAAGACAAGGUGGGGAUGAGAGGGAGAGAUAAGAAAGAGAGGUCACCGUCAGAUGUACGAUUACGUCUUCACGCUGGUGCAGACGACAGCGCGCGUGAAGAAAAGGCGGGAAGCGAAUUUCGCACCGAUCACCGCACGGAAGGGGAGUACUCACAAACAAGGAGGGAACGCGAUCCCGCAACUGGCAUUCAAUCGAGGGGCGAUGCUCCAUCAAAUCGAGGCAGAGCAGUCAUCGGAAACCAAGCGAAGUACGCAGGAGAUUCUUCAACUUCGAUUUCUUGUGCCUCGGGUUUCAAGAAUAAUUGUCAGCCUACUCGAUCAAAAGUAAAUAAAACACGAAGGAAACUCGAACGUGGGGUCGGAGACACUAACACGAGAAGAGGGGAUGCUCGGCCAGCGUCAAUUGGAUUAGUGGGAAAGAUGAAUGCUUUGAAAUCGGGCACGGCGAGAUUUAGUGAUCAUGGUGAUCCUUCAUGGCGCAUGGCAAAAGAUAACCGCGCUCAACCACGAAGUAAUUACAUCUUAAAUGAUCCAUAUUCAGAGAAAGUGCUUAGUAACCGUGGAAACAAAUCUUCAAAAGAGAUGAGACAUGAUUCUGGUGAGAGUGAUCAGUUAAAUGGCGACUACAAACUUUUUCGGGAUGGGAUCUUCUGGAGCGAAAGCGCCGAGAAGUUGCUUCCCAACCGGACGUCAGAAGCGAUCAUCAGGGCGUGGCGGAACGACAUUCGAUCUCACCGCGUUGUGCGGUUGUUACCGGGCUGUGGUCGUGAUAGCAACCGCCUCGCUGUCCUCGAAAAUGGCGAGAGGUUAUGCUGCCGUUACCGACAAAACGUCGAUCAAAUCCAAGGGGAAAUCUUAUCCUUCCAUUUAUCGCGGUUAAUUGGGAUUGAAAAUCUACCGCUUGGUGUUUUGAUGAGAAUCGAACCGGAUAUUGAGCAAUGGGAGGCGGUCAAAGAAAACAUCACAUCGGCUGGCUGGGAACAAGGCCGAAUAAUCGUCGCGACAAAAUGGAUACCCGACUUAGAACCCGCGUUCAUACCCACUGAACUAAAGGGUAUGAACGAAACACUACGCCAAGAAACUAUUGAUAAGUCCGAUCUCAUGCAUUUAAUGAAAAAUCAUAAUCAUUUGGUCGAACUUAUUCAGUGGUCCGAUCUUGCCAUCUUUGACUAUGUAACCGCGAAUUUGGAUCGGAUAGUCAACUCCUUGGUUAACCUCCAGUGGAACCGGUACAUGCUCAAGCAACCGGUUCACAACUUGGAAGUCUCAAGAACGGAUAGACGGUUAUGGUUUCUGGACAACGAAUCCGGUUUGCGACACGGGUACCGGAUGUUAAACCAAUACGGGCAUUAUCAUGAUCAGAUUUUAAAAUCAUUGUGUUUGUUCAGGACCCAAACGGUGCAAAGAUUAAAAACGCUCAGUGAAAACGCAAACUUCUGGGAACUAUUGAUAUCUGCAGUGGAAUCCGACGAACCGUUAUUCAAAAGCUUGCCGUCGUAUCCGCCUAAAUUUCGGGAUGUUUUGAAAACCAGAAUGAAAAAUGUAGUUGAGCAUUCGGAUCAUUGCAAACAAAAACACUAAGACAUUUCUUUCUAAUAGUGCGCCUAUCCUUUUCAUGCAGUUGUUCUAUGUCAAAAGAAAACAAUGAAAUUAUGUCAGUUUUAAUGAUGAACUAUCGAUAAAACACACAGAAGGUGGGGUUAUACACUAACAACUUUAAAAUCAGACAAUCACAAAUUGAAAAGUGGAUGUGCUACUUCGUCGGCAAAUGAGUUCAGUUUAUUAUAAUUUGAAAAAUAAAAUCGUUAACUUUAUGAAAA